AUGGCCAAGUUAUGUGAGGUCCUCAACCUUGACCCCAGACACGUCCUGAUAGCUGAGGUGAUCUUCACCAACAUCGGAGGAGCAGCAACAGCAGUCGGGGAUCCCCCCAACGUUAUCAUCGUCUCUAACCAGGACCUCCGGAAGAGUGGGAUAGAUUUUGCUAGUUUCACAGGUUACAUGUUCCUGGGGAUCUGUCUGGUCCUCCUCACCUCCUUCCCUUUCCUUCGCCUACUUUACUGGAACAAGAAGCUAUACAACAAGGAGUCCAGCGAGAUCGUCGAGCUGAGGCAUGAAAUCCGUGUAUGGAGGCAGACGGCCCAGCGUAUUAGCCCGGCCAGCAGAGAGGAGACGGCUGUCAAGUGUCUACUGAUGCAGAAGGUCCUCAACCUGGAGAGCGUGCUCCGCAAGCAACUCAAAACCUUCCAGAGACAGAUUUCUCAGGAAGAUAAGAACUGGGAGAAUAACAUUCAGGAGUUGCAUAAAAAGAACAGAAUAACAGACCGAGUCCUCCUGGUGAAGUGUAUAUCUGUGCUGGGGGUCGUCAUCUUCAUGUUCUUCCUGAACUCCUUUGUUCCCAGCAUUCAUCUGGAGCUGGGUUGGAUAGCUAUCUUCGGGGCCCUGUGGCUGCUGGUGCUGGCUGACAUCCAGGACUUUGAGAUCAUUCUGCACAGAGUGGAGUGGGCCACACUGCUGUUCUUCGCUGCUCUGUUUGUUCUCAUGGAGGCUUUGGCCCAGCUACAGCUUAUCGACUAUAUUGGUGUGCAGACGGCCCUGCUCAUAAAAGCCGUGCCAGAAGAGCAGCGUUUGGCCAUGGCCAUCAUCCUGGUCAUGUGGGUCUCAGCUCUGGCCUCCUCCCUCAUCGACAACAUCCCCUUCACCGCCACCAUGAUCCCUGUCCUCAUCAACCUGAGUCAAGAUGCAGACGUCAACCUGCCUAUCAAACCCCUUAUCUUUGCACUGGCCAUGGGAGCCUGUCUGGGAGGAAACGGAACGUUGAUUGGUGCGUCGGCCAAUGUGGUGUGUGCAGGCAUCGCUGAACAACAUGGCUACGGCUUCUCCUUCAUGGAAUUCUUCAGGCUAGGCUUCCCCAUGAUGCUAAUGACCUGUACCAUAGGGAUGUGCUACCUGCUGGCCACAAUCAUCGGACUGGGCUGGACCCUCUAACCUGCUCCUCACUGCACUACCAAAGAGAGACUGUUUGAGUGAAUGUGUUUAGAUACAGAGAGUUUCAAAGUGUUGGACGCAGCUCAAAAGCCACAUGGAGAUCAAUCGUUCCUUCACAGAUUCAAAGUUGCAGCUCAUUUGGAAAGUGGUGGACAUCAUCUCGAGUACCUAGUCACAUUGCAGUUAUAAUAUGCAGUAGUUAGCCUACAACAGCAGUACAACAACAGCGAUGUGUUGCAACAUGAGGAAAACAAGCUAAACCAAGUGAAUGGAUUAUAAUCUACACUACAUGGCCUAAGUCUGUAGAUCUCUCCAUGGUGCUCUUCGGUCUACAGCCCUCUCUUAUCUCUCCAUGGUGCUCUUCGGUCUUACAGCCCUCUCUUAUCUCUCCAUGGUGCUCUUCGGUCUACAGCCCUCUCUUAUCUCUCCAUGGUGCUCUUCGGUCUACAGCCCUCUCUUAUCUCUCCAUGGUGCUAUUCGGUCUACAGCCCUCUCCUAUCUCUCCAUGGUGCUCUUCAGUCUACAGUGCUCAUUACACUGAGAGUAAUCAGAGGAGCAAGGCCUGAGUCUGCAUGGCUCCCCAUGGUGCUCUUUAGAUCAGCAGGGCUCUCCAUGGUGCUCUUUAGAUCCACAGGGCUCUCCAUGGUGCUCUUUAGAUCAGCAGGGCUCUCCAUGGUGCUCUUUAGAUCCACAGGGCUCUCCAUGGUGCUCUUUAGAUCAGCAGGGCUCUCCAUGGUGCUCUUUAGAUCCACAGGGCUCUCCAUGGUGCUCUUUAGAUCAGCAGGGCUCUCCAUGGUGCUCUUGAGAUCAGCAGGGCUCUCCAUGGUGCUCUUUAGAUCAGCAGGGCUCUCCAUGGUGCUCUUUAGAUCCACAGGGCUCUCUAUGGUGCUCUUUAGAUCCACAGGGCUCUCUAUGGUGCUCUUUAGAUCAGCAGGGCUGUCCAUGGUGCUCUUGAGAUCAGCAGGGCUCUCAUGGUGCUCUUUAGAUCAGCAGGGCUCUCCAUGGUGCUCUUUAGAUCCACAGGGCUCUCUAUGGUGCUCUUUAGAUCCACAGGGCUCUCCAUGGUGCUCUUUAGAUCCACAGGGCUCUCCAUGGUGCUUCUGCUUAUAUGGGUAUAUUAUAAAAAAUAUUUAGAUUUUUCAUGUGAUUUCUUUGGUACUCAAAAAUCUGAAUCCUAGCUCAGCUAGAUUAUAUGG